AUGGACUUGUUAGCUAAUUUUCGUAAGUGAAAGUAUCAUGUUUUAGCAACAUUGGCUUCGAUUAGUGCUAUUGCAGCAAGCUAUUUGGCUUUAAGAAAAAUAAUUAGGAGAAGAUCAAGGAAAAACUUAAGAGAAGUUAUCUAUUCUUUAAACCCACCCUCAGUACUGAAAUUAAAAGUAAAGGACGAAAAAGUCAUUGAUCAAGAUAUCCCUUUUAUAGUCUCUGUAAAACUUGAAGAACACAAAAAACCAGCUCGGAACUCACAAAAGACUAACCCCUUUCUCUAUCCUUUUGAGGAAGGCAUUCAUAUAAGAAAUAUUGGGCAAAGCUAUAGGCUGCUUUUUAAUAAGUUUCCGGUUGUAGACAAACAUGUGCUGAUAGCUACUUAUCAGUUUGAAAAGCAAGAAGAGCCUUUAACAGUAAAAGAUUUCAGAGUGGCCUGAGAAGUAUGUAAAGAACUCCGGGCUUUUGCGUUUUAUAACUCCGGUCCGGCUUCAGGAUAUUCUCAAGAACACAAACAUAUACAGGUUAUACCAUGGUCAAGCUUACCAAACUUUCCAUUAGGCAAAGUUAUAGAGGAAAAUUUAAGCGAGAGGCCUUUUGCCUUUAGAAAGUGCGAUAGGAUAAGAGGUGCUCUUGGUGAUAUCUGGAGUAAGGCAACCCUAUAGUGGACGUUAAAUUUUAUAGAUUAAUUAAGAUUAGAGAGGCCUUUUGCAAUUUCUUGUUUCCAUUUCAAGCAUUUUUAUCAUGGGAUUCCGAAAAAUCCGACAUAUGAGCACUUGCAUGGAAUUUAUAAGAAAUUGAUGAAUUUGCUGAAUCCGUCACAUUCUUAUAAUCUGAUUCUUACAGAGAAAUGAAUGCUUCUGGUGCCAAGGGAGAAGGAAAGAAGCUUUAACAGGUUUGAUUUAAACGCUAUGGCUUAUAUGGGAUUUAUGCUUGUAAAAAGUAAUGAAGAGUUGGAAUUUUUAAAGAAAAUAGGACCUUUAGCGCUGUUGAGAGAUGCAGCGAUAAAUAAUUAA